UUUUCUCUAACAAAAAAUAAAUCAAUCAAUCUUUACCCAGCAACGACAACCAUUUCCCUUUCCCCUUGUGUUGGAGGAGUCACCACUGAAAUUAAAACGCAGGCGGAGUUGGUCGUAGGCCGCAGAAAGACUCGUUCAGAAUCUGGCUCUUUAUUAUCAUCUCCACUCCAGCCCUUUUCAUUCUGAAAUUCCAUAAAGUCACCCCUAUGCGGUCAAUAUAUCGUCUUGUUGUUCGUGAUCGCUUUGGCAUAUGUUAUAUGGCUCUGGCGUCGAGAACUUUAUUUUCUUCUAUAACAACAUAUCACCCUGCAGAAGCUGGAGACUUUUGGCAUAAAGAACAAACUCAAGACCUUACGAGAUCUGUGGACAUUCUUACUACAAAAAUUGGCAAAGGUAACAACGAGGACGACAUUCUCCAAUCUCUAAUCAGUGAUGAAGGAGUAAAUGGCAUACAUUUGUCUGAAAACCUCAUUAAUAGGUUGCUAUUUCGAUAUAAGGAUGAUUGGAAGUCUGCAUUGGCGAUAUUCAGAUGGGCCAGUUCACAUUCAAACUUUAAACAUUCGCAACAAUCGUAUGAUAUGAUGGUAGAUAUAUUGGGUAGAAUGAAGGCGAUGGACAAGAUGAGAGAGAUCUUAGAAGAAAUGCGUCAGGAGAGUCUCAUCACUCUCGAUACCAUAGCCAAGGUAAUGAGAAGGUUUGUUGGGGCAAGACAGUGGAAAGAUGCUGUGAGGAUAUUUGAUGACUUGCAAUUUCUCGGCUUGGAGAAGAAUACAGAAUCCAUGAAUGUGUUGCUUGAUACUCUAUGUAAAGAGAAAUUUGUUGAACAAGCUCGUGAAAUUUACUUGGAGCUGAAGCAUUACAUUGCUCCAAAUGCUCACACGUUUAACAUACUUAUUCAUGGAUGGUGUAAUAUCCGACGUGUUGAAGAGGCACAUUGGACAAUCCAAGAGAUGAAAGGAUAUGGUUGUCGCCCUUGCGUUAUAAGUUAUUCCACCAUCAUUCAAUGUUAUUGUCAAGAACAGAAUUUCGACAGGGUUUAUGAUCUUCUCGAUGAAAUGCAAGCUCAAAAUUGCUCCCCAAAUGUGGUCACAUAUACUACUAUAAUGUGCGCACUCGCAAAAGCAGAGAAAUUUGACGAAGCUUUACAAGUUGUCGAAAGAAUGAAUGCUGUUGGAUGUAGGCCUGAUACGCUCUUUUUCAAUUCGUUCAUUUAUACGUUGGGGAGAGCAGGCAGAAUAGAUGAUGCUACAUAUGUAUUCAAGGUUGCGAUGCCGAAGGCCAAUGUGGCCCCAAAUACAUCGACCUAUAACUCAAUGGUUUCUAUGUUUUGUUACUAUGCACGUGAAGAGAGAGCUUUUGGAAUACUGAAGGAGAUGGAAAAAUCAGGUCUUUGUAAGCCGGAUAUUCAGACUUUUCACCCAUUGAUCAAGUCAUGCUUUAAAAUGAGAGAAAUAGAUACUUGGUUGAAUGAUAUAUUAAAUGAUAUGGUAAAUAAAUAUCAGAUUGGUCUUGACCUUUCAACCUAUUCAUUGCUAAUUCAUGGGCUUUGCAGAGCAGAUAGAUGCAAGUGGGCAUUCGAUCUGUUCGAGGAGAUGGUUGAUCAAGAUAUCGUGCCUAGAUACAAAACUUGCCGUUUGCUCUUGGAUGAAGUCAAACAGAAAAAUAUGUAUCAAGCUGUUGACAAAAUUGAUGUUCUUAUGAAGAAACUUUAAAUUCAUGAAUCUCUUUGGUAUGUACUGUUUCUGAAUAUAAUAGAAAACUCAACUACAUUCCAAGUAUUUGAAAGACUUUGUUAUCAUUGUUGGAGCAGUGUCAUGGAUUCUUCAACGCAUAACAAAUGUCUGGUCAUUGUUGGAGCGUUCAUAAUGUCUGGUCAAUGAAAGGGAGGUGCAAAGUGAUAUUGCAAGGUUCUUUGCGGUAACAUUCAAGGAAUAACAAAGCCAGCGAUUCGUAGAUUGGCGAGAAGAGUUGGUGUGAAGAGGAUCAGUGGUUUGAUCUAUGAGGAAAUAAGAGGACUGUUGAAGAUUUUCUUGCAGAAUAAGAUUCUUGAUGCUGUUACUUACACUGAGCAUGAGGAAGACUCUGACUGCUAUG